CACAAAACGCACUAUAAACCCCAGCUGGCUAUUUCACUGUCAGCACCUCCCGCUCUAUUGCAAUCACAGUUACACCACUAUCCAGCUAUCAGCUCUGAAUUCCCAUCGUACGGUGCCAUUGAAAGCCUCUGAAAUACGGCUACUGGUAGACUCUGCUAAAGUGUCAUUUUUGCUAGCCAGUUUCUAUUGAUACUCCGUUGCAUGUAUUGAUUCUUUGCUACUCUUCAAUCCUACAUUGCUAUCUAUCCCUCUACCGAUACCCCGUAACUCCAUUGAAAGUUCAGAAUACAUUUUUGUUAGCCACUCAAGCUCAUUAUGCCGCUAAAAAAAUGGAUCUCCAACAAGCUGAACGCCAUCAACGCUGACGCCACCAACGCCGAUACUAACGCCACCACCAAUGUGGACGCUAAUGCCACUGCUAGUACCACCGUUAAUGCCACCGCCACCACCGAUACGUCUUUCAACGAUACCCUCUCCAAUUUAUCCAUCGAAACCCGCCCAGAGACCGAUGAAGCGAACCCCAACAAACCUCAGCCGCUUCCACCGUCGCUUCCACUUCUGAUUCCACCGUCAGCCCCACUGCUUCCAAUUCCAUUACACGACACCAGCAUAUUAUCAGAACCCGGCAGCAGCACCACCUUGCCGUACGGCGAUGGCUCGCGAAAGGUCUUUGGGAUGGAAAACUUCGGCAAUACGUGUUACUGCAACUCCAUUCUCCAGUGCCUUUACUACACGCAUCCGUUCCGCCAGAAUGUACUUAAGUACCCCCAGACCGCGCCCAGACCCCGCAAAACCAACGUCGAGGGCUCGAAGCCGCACGCGUUCACCAUUGCGCUCGAGAAGGAACGCGAGAAGGAGCGCGAGGCCGUGGAGGCCAAGGCCAAGGCCAGACGGUCGUCCUUCUUCGGUGGAAAGAAGGACACGCCCAACGGUGGUUCUCUCACGACAACCAUCUCGAACCUGUCCAGUGUGAUCCUCGUGGCGCUGUCGGACGUGCUCGCGCCAAUAACGGUAGUGGGCACGACGGCAGAUCCGCGCGCAAACUCCGACACGCGUAAGAAGGCCGCAUUGAUCAACGGGCCGAUCCUCAACGUCGACCACUCGCUCGCGACGGCAUAUGCCAUGCAAGAGUCGCUCUACACCGGCUUGAAGGAUGUGUUCGAGUGUAUGGUGGAGAACGGGUCCAACUUGGGGGUGGUAUCUCCCAGUAACUUGGUGGAGGUGUUGAAACGUGAGAACGAGUUGUUUAGCCUGACGAUGCAUCAGGACGCGCACGAAUUCCUCAAUUUCCUCAUCAACGCGGUGAUCGAGUCGGUGGACGAGAUGAAGGGCGAGGACCUGAAUUGGGCCACGGACUUGUUCCAGGGCUUGAUCACCAACCAGACCAAGUGCCACUCGUGUGAGAACAUCUCGUCGCGCGAUGAGCCGUGCCUCGACCUUUCGGUGGAUGUGGAAACGUAUUCGUCCAUCACCGCGUGUUUGAAGGACUACUCUAAGCAGGAGAUCCUCUCGCAGAGCAACAAGUUCUACUGUGAUAGUUGCCAGUCGUACCAGGAGGCGUCCAAGUCCAUGAAGUUAAAGCGGCUCCCCAAGGUGUUGACCUUGCACUUGAAGCGCUUUAAAUACAACGAGACGCUCCAGCGCAACACCAAGUUAUUCAACACCGUGUCGUACCCGACGGACUUGCGCCUCUUUAACACCAUUGACACCAUCGAUGGCCCCGAUACGUUGUACGAGUUGUACGCGUGCGUGGUGCAUAUCGGUGGAGGGCCGCACCAGGGCCACUACGUUUCUUUGGUCAAGCGCACCAGCAACACGUGGCUCCUUUUCGACGACGAGUUGGUCGAGUUGGUUGACGACAAUUACGUGCUCAAGUUUUUUGGACCUGGCCCUGGCCUCGCUUCCGCGUAUGUCUUGUUCUAUCGCCAAGUAGAGGACGAGGAGGCCUUCCGCGAGGCAGUGCUCUUCAACGGGACCGCCUUGGAAGCAACCUUUGUGCCCACCAUGGCCCAAGCAUCCCGCACCAACUCCGCCGUCGAUACCAGACGCUCUUCCGUCAGCCGCACCCUCUCGCGCACUGCCACCAAUGAGCCCCAGGACUUGCGCCGUCGCGCAUCUGUCAACGCGUCGAACAUCAAGAUGGGUGGCGGCCCGCUGUUGUCCAACCAGCCAUCGGUCAGCUUCACGCAGCGCCAGCUCUUUGACUCGAUUUCUGAACAGCAUGGUGAGCUAGGGUACGGGAAGUAUGUAUCGAACGGGUCGGUGAACGGGUCACUGAAUACCGUCCCCACCGAUCUGCCGCUGUUCCUGAACUUUGAGUUUUCGUAUGGGACCCCGGAUGAGCGGUUGUCGACAUCCCCUGGCGAAUCCCUUGAUCCGACGAGGAGGGUCCCGCCACCGCCGCCUCCACGGAGAAAUGGCUCCGCCGUGGGUAGCAUAACGGCUCCAGCUGCUCCUGCUGCCCCAGUUGCUCCAGUUACCCAGGCUGCCCCAAUUGAGAUUCCGGCUCCAGCUGUGAUUCCCACCGCUCCCCUUGCGGCGUCCGUGUCCAAUCCGUUCGGUGAGCCGGUGAAAAAGGUAGGACUCCGUGGAUUGCUCGGAAAGAGCGGCCAAGACGACACGAAGUACUCUAACGGAACGUCCACGGCGUCCACUGGCUCCGCGUCUGUCGUUGCUCAGGAAAAGAAAAAGAAGCGCAACAUCUUUGGCUUCAAGAAAUCGUAGAGACAAAAUGUACAAAUAAAAACGUAACGAA